ACCUGUUGUUUGUGAUGUGUGGCAAAGCAGUUAUAACGUAUGUUCUGAAUUUUCUAAUUUUUGCAAUUGUAAAUAUAUAUUAGUGCAAAUAUAUUAGUGCAUUAUGGAACAUUGGGAACAGAUUGUUGUAGAAUGGAUUAACUGCUUAGAUGUACUACAGGAACCUCUAAAAAGUACAGAAGAAUUAUACGAUGGAAUAUUUUAUAUUAAUUUAUUGAAUUUAAUAUCCUGGACAAAUGAUAAACAUAGUCAUAGUCAAGAAAAUAUAACAAAUUUCAUGAAGAUCAAUAUUCUAAGUUUGAAAAUAUGUAACUUUAAAAAUUCUUAUUUUAAUCAUAUAUAUUUUUUAACUAAAGCUAAAGUCAUAUAUAGAUAUUAUUUAGGAAUUAAUACAUUUGCUUUUUUCAUUAUUGAUUGUAUAGAUGAAUAUCCCAGCUUCAAGAUUAACAAAGAUGACAAUACAGAACAUAUAUACAUUGCAUCCUUGGUAUUGAUGCAUGCGUCUCAAGCAACUGUGUUUCAUACUCCAAUGUGCAACAAGCUGAAACAUGAAACACAGAUUAAAAUUAAAACUUUUCUUGAAAAUAUUUUGCCUCUUGGAAAUGAUGUCACUAAAGAUACAAUGAAGGAAGUUAUUGCAGAAUUAGUAGAAGAUGCAUCAAGAACUCCAAGUAGCCGUCAAACGCCACCACUGAAAGACUUUGUCAAGUCUCCUAUUAUGCGUUCAGCACAUAGUAGUUAUAAGAUUAUGACCGAACGAACUCGAGAACUAAGAGAAUUGAGAUGUAAUUUAGAUGUAGAACGAUAUAAAAACGCGGAACUACAGGACGACAUAAAAAUAUAUCAGGAGAAAAUACAGAAUCUAAAACUGAAACUGGAAGCAAAUACAGCACAGUUGAAGACAUUGCGAGAUGAAUGCAUAAAACCAAGCACUCCUCAGCUUUCUAAUAGAAAAGAGAAUAAUCCAUCAUGUGAGGAUUAUUACAAAAAGUACAUCAAUGACUUGGAAAUUCAGUUGAGCAAACAGCAGAAUGAAAUAGAUAAUUUGGAGACAGAGAAGAAUGUUCUAUCAAAAACCUUAGCUUCUGUGCAAAGACAAUCUAUAAAAUACGAAGAGAGUUUUGUAACCUGCGAGCGAUCUUUGGAAUUAUUAUCACGUAAAAUGGAAAUAAAGGACAGAGAAUUGAUUGAACUCAGAAUGCAUAAUGAAGAAUUACGCGUCCGUCUCAAAGAAUUGAAUAAAAAUUGCAUUACAGAGCAAAGUUUUGAAGUUGAGGAUUCCAUAGCACUAUCACUUCCUGCCACUGUAUCACUGAACAAUAGUGAAGCCUUGAGUUCUGUGAUUGAGAUCCAACUCCAAGAAGCUAAAGAAGAAUCUGCUAUAUUGCAAGCUCAAGUUGAUUCUUUAAAAGGAAAGCUGGAUAUACUUACUAAAAAUUACAAAGACACAAUGGAAUCAAAUACAGAUUUGCAACAAAAAGUAAAAAUAUUGGAUACAGUUCAAACCGAGUUACGUGAUGUACAAACGGAAUUACAUGCAUCAAACACGAAUAUAAAAAAUUUACAAGUGGAGAAAAUUUCUCUUGUUGCACAUAAUGAAAAUUUGAAAAGUUCACUUUCAUCUAAGGAAAAAGAACUUUCUGAAACAGUACAACUAAGUACUAUACUAAAGACAGAAUUGGAUGAUUUAAAGAUAAACAUGGAAAACUUGAAUGAAUUGCUUGGAAAUGAAAGGACUAAGUCUUUAGAUUUAAAUAACGCCCUUGAGCAAAUUAAAUUACAAGUAUCCGAACAUCUUACACACAUUAAUAAGUUAACUAAUGAAAAAGAUUCAUACAAAUCUUCUAUUGAAAGCUGCAGUAUAGAUUUAAAGGCCAUUUUACAUCAUGACAAUCAAUUUAUUGAAGUUGUAACUGAUAAUGUAGAUAAUAUGACAUUGAGUGAACUUGUAAAUUACUUUAAUGUCAUGUUAUUGAAUUACAAUUCAGUAUGUACUUCAUAUAAAUCUGAUAUUAAAAAAUUAGAAGAAACGAUAGAUGACAUAAAUGUAAACUUGCAUAAUCAGCAAUUAACUGUUGCAACUUUAAAAGAACAAAAUCAUGAGACGCUUACGGAAUUAGCUAAUAUUGUAAAAGACGGAAAGCAAAAGGAUUUACUGUUGAAUGAACAAAAGGAAAUUAUCUAUAAAUAUUCGCAAGAAAUCGAAAUUUUAAAGGAAAUCGCAAGUGAGAAACGUAUUCUGGAAGAAGAUGUACGUAAAUUAACAAAAGAUCUAACUGAUCAACAAUUGCUAUUAAAAUCUGCUAUGGCAUAUUUUGGAAGAUUGAAGGAUAUAACGAAAGAUUUUCAACUAAUGAAACAAGAAAGUCAACAGAAAUUUAUCGAAUAUCAAGAAGAUGUUAAAAUAACAUUCGAAAGGAUACAUGAUAACUAUUAUACAUUAUAUCACAAAUUGAGUAAAGUAGAGGAAGAAAAAGAAGAGUUAAAGAGUAACUUUAAUUAUAUCAAGGAGGAAUUAUCAAACACCCAAAUAUCAAACUCUAUAUUACAAGAAAACUUAUUAAAAUAUCAAAGUAAAAUAAGUUCUUUAGAAGAAAUAGAAAAGUUUCUCUGUAAUGAAUUAAAUGAAUCUAAACAAAAUGUACAAAAAUUACAAAAAACGAAUAGUAUACUAGAGAAGCAAUAUGCAACACUACAAAUUGAAGCAAAAGACAACUUGCAAGAUCAAAUGUCAAAGAAUACUACAAUCUCACUGAAAUUAAAAGAUGCUAGGGACAAACUUAAUUUAUUAGAGCAAAAUAUGAACGAAACAAUGACACAAAUGGAAUUAAAAAAUACACAGAUUAAUGAAUUACUUUCGGAUAUUUCUUCCUUAAAAGCUGAAAAAGAUAACUUGAUAUGCUUGCAUGAAGAAAUAUGUGUAGAGAAAGACAAAGAAAUGAAAUUAAAAGAAAAGACAUUAUUGAUGUUGCAAAAUAAAAUAGAAAAGUUAAUGAACGAAACAAAUGAAUCGGAAAAAAAGAUGAAAGAGAUAAUUAUUAAUCUUCAAGAAGUAAGGUCUAGUCAAGAUGCUGUAUUAGCGACUCAGGAAACAGCUUUGAAAGAAAAAUGUGUGCACAUAGAAGAACUUCAACAGCAAUUUGAUAAAUCCAAAGUAGUACUAAAAACAGAGCUUGAGAAGGAAAAGUUGUUGCAUCGCGAAUUGCAAGUUAAAUUUGCAGAACUAGAAGAUCAGAUUCAUGAUCGAAACAAGACUAUAGAAGAAAUGCAAGAGAAACUAAAAGUAGUGAAUGCAGACCUUGAGGCAAGCAAAGAUUAUUGUAAACUUAUGGAUGUAAAUCAAACAAAUAUCGUAAAGCUGUGUCAAGAAUUGGAAUGUCCAACUAAAAGUUUGAAUUCUACAAUCAUGGAGAUAUGCUCAGAUUUUGAUGUUUUUGACCAGAAUUCAUACGAUACAUUACAAUAUGAGUACGCGCAUAAAGACAAAAGAACUGAAAAUAUUCUAAAUAUUAUUAAGAUGACUCUUCACGAACUACGCUUAUCUCAGAAAGUAAUCUCGCAUUUAUCUCUCACGAAUACUGAAUUAAACAAGACACUGGACGAACAACAGACACUAGUGGAAAAUAGUAAAAAAGACAAGGAAGAAGUCUGCAAUCUGAAAACCAGAAUACGGGAAUUGGAAAUAAUAGCACAAAAGCGGAAUGAUUAUCUCAACAAUAUUAUAAAAAGUAAGGAAUCGCUAAAGGACAUUGUGCAGAAAGUUUUUACUUCGCGAAAUGACUUGGAUACUGUUUUAUCAUCAUCACUGCAAAAGUGGGACGAAAUAUUGUCCAAGUUUCAAAAUAUUCUACACAAUGAAAAUCCUAUUAGCGAACAGUUCAAACAAUUGCAAGCUAAGAAAGCAAGUCUUGAAAAUAUAUUGUAUAAAUAUCGUACAGACCAUUUAGAAAACAUUAAAUAUGUACUUGAUAUUUUAUGGGAAAAGUUUCUAUGGACAGAGAAGAAACUGCACGAUACCUACCUAUGUACAGUGCAUGAAAAGGAAUGUCUGGAUAUAUUAACAAAUGUGGAAGAAAAUCAGUUUUCCAAUGAGAAAAUUAUAAUGGAUUUAGAACUAGAGAAAAAUAAGGCACUGUGUAAUAAUAUAUUAAAGUCUGAAGAAGAAAUGCAAUCUUUCAUUGUUUUAGUCACCUCUUAUGAAAAUGGAUUGAAAUCUGGAGAAAUCAAGACUCAGUCAGAUAUAGACAAGAAAUUGCAAAACCAAAUCAAUCAGCUGACUAAAGAAAAAAAAGACUUGAAAAAUACCAUAGAUUCUACGCGUUCGAGAAAUGUGAAAUUGGAAAAAAAUAUGGACGAUCUUAGGAUGGAACUAAAGAGAUUAAAAUCAGAGACAAAAUCAAUGGUUGACUUUGAUGUAAUGCGAUCCCUAAAGGACGAAUUGGAACGUAUGAAAGAGCAAAAUCAGCAAUUAGAAAAGAAGCAGAUAGAAAAGGAUGAAUCAAGCAAAACCGCGAAGCAAGAAUUCGAAAGUCAAUUAAGAAAAGUUCAUGCUACGUAUGAACAGAAACUGGAAGAUAUGAAGCAAAAAAUGAAAAAGGCCUACAACGAGCAAGUAGCAAAGUUAAACAGCAACCAGGAAAAUAUUAUACAAGAAAAGUUGCAAAAUCAAAUGGAGUCAAUGUGCCAGAAGCAAAGAGAAGAAAUUAAUAAGUACAAAACGCAUGUCGGAGAAUUGAGCUCGCAACUUUGGAGCGUGGGAGAGAAACUUCUGAUAGAGCAGCAACAGAAGCAAGAAGCAUUACAACGCUUAAAAGAACUGCAAGUUAAGCUCAAAGAAACCGAAACAAAUCAACAGAUAUCCAUGAUUUCACGCAGAACUUCCAAACUGGAAAAGCAGGAGAUGAUACCUGAAAACGUACAGCAAACAACGCAAAGGGUAACAGUGAUAACAGAAGAAACAUUUGAGAGAAGGCAUAGUGUUAGAAGUUUACAAGCAAUGGGCAACGCAUUUAAAGCGGAAGAUGAGGAGGAAGUCUUUGACAACGUUUAUCUAGCGGACAUGAAGACAGGCUAUUGUUUGCCCAGUACGGACGUCAACCGUUUGUCCGUUUUACAAAUGAGAAACGCUCAGUGUAAACCUCAUCUGAAAUCAUCUUAUCCGGCGGAAAUGCAAUUCCUUCCUCCGAGCUUGACCGAGGAAGAUAUAAAAUCAGGUUCUGUAACGGAAGAUGUCUUUAACGAUAGCCUCAGCCAGAGUCUUCUCCCAGAUCAAAAGGCAAAGAAAAAAGAUAGGUCUCAGACGUCUUAUAAAAAACCUGGUCCUCCGACACCAAGCAAAAACGGUGGAAGAUUGUCGUUGCAGGGUAAUGAAUUAAGGAGCCCGAGUUCACGCAUCUUAAGAGAACGCAAUGCAGAUAGGAGGACAACAGCCACUCCCCAUACAUUGAAGCAUCUGUUCACAUUAAAACGGCAAGAUGAAAAUGCAUCCAACACCCCAAAAGGCCGCAGAAUCAGUAGUAUUUUCCGCAAAUCUCGUAUGCAAUAGGUGUCGCUGAUCACGAACAUCUCGUCACACUGUACAGAGUUAAUUUAUUGUUGUAUAUAGCAUUUACAGCAAUAAAUUAACAUGCACUAAAGCUAAAGAGAUUUGUGAUAACUACCACAGAAUAUUCUGUCGUCCUUGAGUGAUAUCGCAUAAAGAUUAGAUAUUAUACACGUUUAUAAUUGAAUUUUUCAUAAUCGUCCCUAUAUUCCAUCAUGAUACACAAAUCAUAAAUUAUAUUCUUUUACUAUUUAAUAAUUGUAUAUAAUUUUCGAUCCAUGAGCAAUCGACAUUUUAUAAUUUUACACAAAAUGCAAGAAUAUAAAAGUGUAGAGAUUAUAAGUUAUAAAUUGUAUAGAGGAAAUAAAGUAUAU